UUGCGCAUGCUUCUUGUUCUCUGUAUACAUGUAAUCAUUCUUUGAGACCUUUCUGACGCGGCUUUACUGUUUUUUCAGAGUUUUCUACUGAAGCACCAGCUCGACGGAUCUGCCUCUUUGUAACUUUACGAACAAUGGAAACUUGCAGCAAAUCACCUUUCACACUUCUGAAGGUGAUUUUCAUUACAUUACUCCCAGUUCUUGAAGCACAAGUCAAAGUGACGGGAUACCUCGGGCAUGAUGUCACCCUGCCAUGUCAAUUCAUCCCAGGACCAAACGAUAGUAUUUCUCAGGUUCAGUGGGAGCUCGAACAACCAGAUGGAAAGAAAAUCAACAUCAUUGUUUCCAACAGUGUAUAUGGAGUUAAUGUUUCAGAAUCGUUUCUGAAGGAGAGAGUGGAGAUUAAAGAGCAAUCUUUGAUCAUUCGAGAUGUGGAAAUGAGAGAUGCAGGGUCUUACAUCUGUAGCAUUGCAGUCUUUCCUCGUGGGUCAUUUGAAGGAACCACCAACCUUCAUGUUCAAGAACAGAUGCAAUUAUCAUCAGGGUUGGUGUCAGCUAUAGUGAUUGUUGUCAUUGUGCCGUUAGUGAUCAUGGCUGCCAUCGUUUACCUGAUCUUCAUCAGAAGAUGUGAUCCUACGGUCCGGCAACGUGUCUACAUUGAUGGUCCCGUGACGGAUGUGGCCAGGCCAUCCGUUCUUAUAAGAGACGAGGAUGUGGUCUAUUCUGACGUGAAGCUCAAGCGAUCAAGACAUUCGGCACUGUCAUCCAAUGAGAAACACACAGCAGACGAUGUCACGUACUCAGAGGUCUUAAUUUUGCGCCAGCAGCCCAAAUAUGAUGAAAUGUACACCCAAGUAAAGAGGAGUGCAAAAAAAACCCCAACAACUUAAAGCUGGUGUAUGCAAGUUGCAUUUAGCACAAUUGAUCAGCCGAUCAACCGCUUUUAAAAUAAAAUCUAACCUUUGUGAGUGCUCCAGAACUUCUGUACAUGCUCUCAUAUAUUGUUUUCCCAUGGACCUGUGUUUCCCCUACAGCAGGUGAUGCAGAAAAAAAGGAAACGUGUUUUUCACCAAGUCCGCAGCACUUUUAUUAGCUGUGGUAUUCUUAAAAAAAAAUAAGAGUCUAUAACCAUGCCAUUAGUUCUGUAAGGCUGUACUGAGCUAAAUGCUCACAUCGGCAUGCUAACAUGCUUACAAUGACAAUGCUAGCAUGUUGAUGUUUAGCAGGUUUACCAUCUUCAUUGUAUUGGUUUAACAUUUUAGCAUGCAAACAUUUACUAAUUAGCACUAAACACAAAGUACAGCUGAGGAUUAUUGGGACAAUAGAAAUCAGAUGAUGCCACAAAAUGUCAGGAGAUCAAAGUUAUUCCAAUACAUCCUCUGGGAACCAUGAAUGCCCAGCAAUCCAUUCAGAAAUAAUUGAGAUAAUCUAAUAAGGAACUAAAAAGUAAAUCGCAUGGUGGCGCUACUGGAAAAGUAAAAAUAUUACCAAAGUCAGCAGGAUACAUCGUUUGGGCACAAUGAAUAUUUGUGCCACAUUUCAUGUCAAUACAUAUGUGAGAAUGUAUCCUCUAGGGAGCUUGAAUAUCUGUUACAAAUUGCAUGACCACCCAUCGAAUAGGUGUCGAGCUGCUCAGGUAGACAUUACUCCACUAUAUCUUUACAUCGAUAAUAGCCGUUUGGUGCUGUAUUAAUGCUCUGAAUGUCGUAUAUUGCAGGUAGGAAUAGUGGAAACUGGCACACCAACACUUUAUCAAGGUGAACUAUUUAUUUUAAAGCCAUGCCGUGCAGAGGACAAACACCUGAACCAUGACAACAUGGCUGAGUGGUCACAAUAGAUGUCAUUACACAAAGUUCCUAUUCCUCCAUUGCUUAAAAAAAAAAAAAAAAAAAAAAAAAAAAAAAAAAAAAGACAAAAAAGGAAGUAAAAAAAUGAAAUUACACAAAUAGGGAACCAACUUAACAAUACAACACCAGCGUGAGCUGAAGGUGCUUAGGCACUUCAAAAUGUUGCUCACUUUCUGCAGUAGUAUUAACUUUAAUUGCCCUUUUGUUGCGAUUCAACGAAAUCUGACAUCAUGAUGUUUAGAGACUGAUGUGUACCGCUUGCUUUUGAGCUUAUUUUAGGUUGACAAGAUUUGAGUCAAAGAGGAAGGCUGGAGUUGUUGUGGUUUUACUUACAAAUUCUUAAUUAGUUUCUAAUCCUGCCAAUUUUUUUAAAACUUGCAGCAGCUUUGAACCAAAAACAAUAAUUGCAUAUUAUGAUACAAUACUCUAUAUAUUCCAACAGCAUCGAUACUGGUAAUGUUUGUAGUAGUAUUUGACCCGAUACAAUAUUCUGUCUGCUUUAAGUCUGUUGUGCAAAGUCCUGUUUGCAGAUGUUGCAGUCUGAGCGUGCCUGAAGUGAGAAGGUGACAAAAUAUGGUUUUUACAGUUGCUCAACAUUACCAACAGUCCUUUUAUGUUACCAGCUUGUUUUUAGCAGCAUUUCCUGACAGUCGUGUUUUGUAGGUGUGAGAUCAUAUCUGUUAUGUAGUUACUCACUUUGUGUUGUCAUAAUAUUAGAAAACUAACAGUAGAAAUUCUGCAAAUUGUCCCUAUUUUUAAAAACAGGCUACUGUUGCUGAAUAACACUUUUUUUUUAAUGUACAGUAGAGUUCUUUCAUGGCAAAAAAUGGAUAAAGAUCAGACAAAUGCAGUUUAAAGGAAGUGCAUUAUGAAAAUAUUUCUAUAGCCGUCAUGUUAUUCAGAUAUGAGAAGAAGAAAUGCAGACGUGUCACUGUGGUACAAGUGAGAAUGAUUGAGCCACACAUUUUUGUCAGCUGUUAAGAAAUUAAACUCUGAGGACAAACAAUAAGCAAAAAUGUACACUGUGGAAGGGAUGAUGUCUCAGUGUAACGCAGAUCAUUUUACUUUGAGUCUCGGUUGAGUCUUUAUGGUUUUUUAUUCAUCUGUGGUCUUUUUGUGUCUCUUUGUAGUCGUUCUGUGUCUCUUUGUAGCAACUUAAUUUGAUUGAAUUUCCAACAAGAAAUCUUAACAGCCACUUCUUACAGAGCCUGUGGGCCUGGGCCCGGUAGGCCUGUUCCGUAAAUCCAUCCAUGAUACUAAAAAGCCAACUAAGUCACCUUCUGACUCUGGU